AUGAACAAGAGAGGAUCGAGAGAGUUUACUCCCAGUGAUAGAGAGCAAGGAGCGAAGAGGAAGAGGAGGUCUCAUACCCCCAAGGAAGACACAUCCUUCCAGGGUUCCACCUUCCUUCGGGUGGAGAUGUUCGCUGAGGCAAGAGAGUGCGAGAUAAGGGACGCGAUGGCUGCUCUGCCCGCCUGCUCGGACAGACAUGCGCGCCAUGGAAAGAAGGCGCCGAUCGGUGGGUCAGAGGUUAGGAUGAUGCUGAGGCGACGAGCUACCAGCCACCGGCGGUACAAGUUUCCCCUGCAAGUCAGGUUGAGGCCAAAGAAGAAAGUCAAGCUGGCAGACGCCUCCAGGGGCAAGGCGCCGCAACUCUACAGAGCACAGAGGAGAUACGUGCGGAACAUGCAUGCUUCCUUCGAGGGCAGGGAAGGCUGUGCAAAGGAUGGUGGCGAUGCUCAAAGAUUUCUGUCUACACACCUCUGGCACGUCAAGAGGAUGAAGAUGGGGAGUAUGUGGGGAUACCGGCUUCCUCUGCAUGUGAGCUUUCGCGGCUCAAAGCUGGCAAUCCUGACGCGUACGGCAGCGGAGAGACGUAUCUUCUCGAGCAGCAGUGAGGUGGUCAAAGACCCGAACGGAAAGUUGUUCAACGAUUGCUCGAAGAUCGACAAAAGAUUCAUGAGUGGAGGGUUUGAAGUCACUUGUCUCGCCUGCUCGUCAACCUCAGUCCAUCAUCGAGUCAUCGGGCCAGCACAGGCGAUGUGCAGGCCAUCUACGGGUGAUGGCAACAUGCGGGAAGCUCUCCUUUGGAUAAAUCCUCAGGCCUCUGCGAUGUUGCAAGCUGAGUUCGAAUGGUGCAACAAGACGGUCCAUGGCAGAGUGCGCUGGGCUCAAACAAGGGCGUUAGCGCGCUUCGAGCUACAGGGUCCAACCAGCGAUCAGCUCUUGGAGAAGAUUAUCUGUCCGAGCUCGGAGGCGUACAAGUCCCUUCAGAUCAGAACCCUUGCAAGAUGCCUGAGUUCCACCAACAUGACAGAGGCCAGCGGCUCCUACCCAGAUGGGGAGUUGCAGUUAGAGGCUUGGAACAGCGUCAAGGGCUCGAGCUCCUAUCAAGUUCUUCCGCCGGGAAGUGCGCUUGCUCUGACAUGCAUCGACCCCCGGCUGGUGAAGGCACUCAGGUCCGCCAAGGGCGACGAGGGCGAUGAAAGGGAAGGAGUCUUCUCAAGGAAACCCUGGCUUUCAAGUACGAGGAGCGUCGGAAACGCGGCAGGGAAGGGGAGCGCUGGGGGAGCUCGACUAUGCCGAGGAGCCUUCUGGGACUUGCCGAGCCAACUCCGAUCUCGUCCUCUCUCCGACUCUUCCUUGCAUGCUUAUCGUCAAGAGGGUUUGUUAACGUUCAGACCCGCAACCGGAGACAAACAGGCCAGGGAGGGCGUCGCCCUGGAUACCAGCGUCCUCCUCAUCAGAGCCGACGGGAGGUCGAAACUUCCUCGCAUGCCGAGCACGAAGAAGUGGGUCCUCCUCCUCCCUGGGGGCUGGUCGAGAGUCUUCUGGAACGCUCUGAUCCUCAACGGCGGGAGGGCGAUUGGAGUGAUGGAGCACAAGGAGAUCAAUCUUCAUCACUGCUCAGCGACGUUCCCUUUCGACUAUCCCGAUUCCCUCAUGUACAAGGAGUGGUCGGAGCUGGAAGCCCGGAAGAGCGAAGAAAGGUCCGAGGUUCUUCCUCCGUCUGUCCGGGUCAACUACAGGAAGCUCGGGACCCGACACGCUGUCGUGACGCCUGAGAGCUGGACAGCAUUGUUCGGAGGGGGAGGAGGAGACGCUGGCGGGGUGGUGGAGGUGAUUCGAGAGAGGUUGGUGCCUGUGGUGCUCCAAUCGGAGAAGCGCGGCGUCCCCUGUCAGAACGCCAUCCUGACGGUGUUGGGCGGCGACUUGCAACGGAGGCUGCGCAAGGUGCUGAAGGAGGGAAGGGGAGAGCAACUCAGCAUUAGCAAGACCACCAGCUCCGAGCUGAGACUUGAACUACCGCGAGAGCAGGAGGAGGAGGAGACAGAGUCCAUCACCGUCCUUGAGGACGUCGGGGGCUACGUGACCUCGGGCUGUCACAACUUCCUCACAGGGCGCGGGUUCGCCAUGGCCCUGCUGAAGGCGGAGGAUGCGAGGAGGGUGAUGGGAGGAGUGCCGGAAGGAGCAGGGGAGAGCGAUUUUCUCGUGGUGGUGAGGAACAACCAUGCGAGAAGCGCGUUCCUGUGCUCAGCAACGUUGUUGUUCGAGAGCUGA